AUGGUCAAAUCCGUCAUCUCUUCCCUCUUUUUCGCGGCCACCGCGCUGGCUGCCACCCGCAUGACGGCUCCUUCCGGUGCCAUUGUCGUUGCCAAGUCCGGAGGUGACUACGACACGGUCAGCGCUGCUGUUGCCGCUCUCAGCACUACCUCGACCGACACCCAAACCAUCUUCAUCGAGGAGGGUACCUACGACGAGCAGGUCUACGUUCCCGCUCUCAAGGGCAAGCUGAUCAUCUACGGUCAGACUGAGGACACCACCACCUACACCGGCAACCUGGUCAACCUCACCCACGCCAUCGCCUUGGCUGAUGUCUCCAAUGACGACGAGACCGCUACUUUCCGUAACUACGCCGCCAACUCGGCCGUCUACAACCUCAACAUUGCCAACACCUGUGGUCAGGCCUGCCACCAGGCCUUGGCCGUGAGCGCCUAUGCCUCCGAGCAGGGUUACUACGGCUGCCAGAUGACCGGCUACCAGGACACUCUCCUGGCUGAGACUGGUUACCAGGUCUACGCCGGAUCCCUCAUCCAGGGUGCCGUUGACUUCAUCUUCGGCCAGCACGCCCGUGCCUGGUUCCACGACUGCGACAUCCGCGUCGUCGAGGGCCCUACCUCCGCCUCCAUCACCGCCAACGGUCGCUCUUCCGAGACCGACACCUCUUACUACGUGAUCCACAAGUCCACCGUCGCCGCUGCUGAUGGCAACGACGUUGCCGAGGGUACCUACUACCUCGGUCGCCCCUGGUCCCAGUACGCCCGUGUCCUCUUCCAGAAGACCUCCAUGACCAACGUCAUCAACUCCCUCGGCUGGACCGAAUGGUCAACCUCCGAGCCCAACACUGAGAAUGUCACCUUCCUCGAGUACGGCAACACCGGUGCUGGCUCCAAGGGUACCCGCGCUAGCUUCUCCGAGAGAAUCGACGAGCCCGUCUCCAUCUCUACCAUCCUCGGCUCCGACUGGGAGGACUGGGUUGACACCAGCUACAUUGUCUAA